AUGGGCCAACUUCCAAAAUCAGAUCCAAAUCCUGAUGCGGCAAACUUUCCAUCUACCUUUGCGUGUGUUGUCGGUUGUGUUGAACGAAGUAUCGACAGUGAAAACGGCCCAAUUCCAGUAUCUUCUGAUGGCAAAAAGGUAUGCUUGUCUAUUUAAUUCUACUUGCUUUAGAAACUAAGCGAUGAAGAAAAGUGUUACUUCAAGUAUCUGCGGUACACAGAUAUCGAAACAGUUCGGCCGAGAGUAACCUUUGUUCAGCAUAGUUGAAAACAUAACCGUGAAAAAAACUAGUACCAUUUAGUGCAGUUUGAGGGCAGUUAUAAAUUUUUGAGAUUUUGGGCGAUUUGCUACCGUAAUCUUUUGAUCGACCAAAAACCCCAAAAUUACGCUAGGAAUGGAGACACUGCCUAUCUAAACCCAAAUUUAAUGUAGAUUCAGAAUCUGCAUAGUUUACCUAUGACAACGGGUGUUAAAUUUUUAGAUAUUUGUAUUUUUAUAAUCGAUUGGUAAGAUUACGGUAGGUUACGGUAACUUUAGAAAAAAAUUUUCAAUUACAAUAUUGUUUAGAAUAGUUAAAAACAUAGUAUGCAAAUUUUCAGAACGUUUAGAGCAUUAUUGAUUUUAAUAAAUUUUAACUUUUUUUGACAAAAGUGGCAUAAAAAUGCCAAAACGGCAUUUUGGCCAAAAUCACUUUAACACACAUAUUAAAACGGUCUAUUUCAUCGAUUUAGAUAAUAAAAACAGGGGGUAAAUUUCUAGUGCACACGGCCGUUUCAGGAUGCUUCACUGCCUCAGAAAUCGUCUGUUAAAAUAAACUUGAUAACAAAACGAAACAUUGCUCUUUGUUUACUAAUUUACAAUAUUAUACUUACAUACAUUAUUAUUAUUAAAAUUUAUCGAGACUCUCCCGUCGUUUUUUGACAUCAAAACAAAGUUUUCAAUAUGACCCUCCAUUUCGUAAAUUAUUAUACAUAUACACAGUCGAACUCUUGUGUAAAACAUUGCUCAGGGAUUUAAAAGUAGUUCGGUAUAAAGGAGUUUUAUUAUAGAGUAGUUAGUCAUAUUAGUAAACGGCGGCACUCCUGUAUUAUGCAUACAGAAGUUCCACCUUAUACAGAGGCCUUAUUUUUAUACCUUUCCAUUUUAGGCCCACAUUUUGAUUGCCAUUCAAGGAGUCGCUAUAUGCGUUGAAUGUUGCACCGCAUUACGUUCCAUUAAUCUCUACUUGAACUAUGAAUUCUACAAAUUUUCUGUCCCAAAUGACAGCGAGGCUCUUAUUAUAAGUAAGUUCGAGCUUAUCAUUAAACAAUUUAAACAACUUUUAUUAGAGGUAGUUGCCCUCCCUUGCUCUAUCUAUUUACACUACCCUACCUUACCUUGCCUUGCCUUGCCAUUACAAAAAUUACCUUUUAGUGGGCAUAUACAGUACAAGCACUCUCGUUGGUUCAAUAUUAUCAUUUGUAAAAAGUAAUGGUAAAGAUGGAUAUUUAUUCAAAAUUAGCGCCUGGCUAGGACUGGCAUUCCUUACAAGCUUAUCGACAGAUGUAAUGAUUGUUUAUCGCUUUAUUAUUAGAGAAUAA